AAUAAUUUUCUUGUUAUAUAAAAUUUUAAAAAUAUUUUUUCUAUUAUUUAUUAUAUAAAAUAUAAAAUGAUUAGACUAAUAAUUUUUUUAAAAAUUUCAUACUAUUUUUAUUGCACUUAAGAAAAAAAUAGUUUAUAAAUGCCCUUGACCGUUUUAACGCGGAUAAAACUGUUAGUUGCUCUAACAUUCAACAUGGCCACCUGAUAUGUAGCAGACGAUACAGGUGGUAUGAAAAAUUGUAAAUAAAAUUCAGUUUUACUUUUAAUUAUGAGUGGACGUGUGCAAAAAGAAAGUGGCGAUGAGUCUGAUCGUAUUGACGAUGCAGUGGAUCCUAGAGUACAGAUUGAACUUGAAAGAUUAAAUACUGCUACUGAUGAUAUUAACAAACUUGAAGUUGAUUUAGAUGAAGCAAGAGCAACUUUUAGAGAAUUACUUUGUGAAUCUACAUUAAAAAUUGAUAGCUUAGCUAAGAAACUUGGUACAUGUAUUGAUAAAUCUAGGCCAUAUUAUGAUGCUAGAUUUAAAGCAAAAGAAGCUUUACAUGAAACACAAAAGGCUGCAAUUAGAUUUGAAAGAGCAAAUAGUCAGCAUGCAGCAGCAAAAGAAAUGGUUUAUUUAGCUGAAGAAGGAUUAAGAACUGAGGGAAGAUGUUUUGAUCAUGCUUGGCAGGAAAUGUUAAAUCAUGCAACUGCCAGAGUUAAUGAAUCUGAGCAUGAGCGAGCUUUAUCAGAAGCAGAACACAGACACACUACUGCACUAUAUCAUAAAGCAGAACAUGAAGUUCAAAGAUUACAACGUGAACUAAAACGUGCAAUUGCUAAAUCUAGUAUGGGUGCACGUCGCAGCUUGCUUCUGAUAAACAGUAUCGCCUACAGGCACAACUUGCUCAUGUUGCCAUAUUACGAAAUGAAAGCGCAUUUUAAUCAAAUGUUGGAAGAACAAAAAUUAAGAGUAAGUGCAUUAGAAAGAUCAGUUGGUGAAGCUAAAAUGACUUAUGCAGAAGCACUCAGAAAUUUAGAAAAAAUCAGCGAUGAAAUUCACAGGACUAGAAAAUAUGAUGGAGCGGAUGAUUUUGAUAAAUCCUCGAGAGAUAACAUUGAUCAACAACCUUCUUUACAACCCAAUACAACAACUUCAACUGAUUCUAGUGUUACUGGAUCACCUGAUAGUACAGAUUAUACUAGUGAUGAAUACUUACGCCUUCCUGAUAAGAUGAGUCCUAAUAUGCAAUGCCCUGUGCCUACAAGAAUCGAUAGAGAGCCUUCUUCUGAAUAUUUGGGCCUAAGCAAUUUAAAUCUCUCAUCCACAGAACCUCGAAAAUAUAUAAAGCGAGACCGUCCAAAAAGCAUUGCAGCAACUGAUACAAAACAUAUCAUAACGUUAAAUCAAACAAGUUCUUCAACUUCAAGAUUAUCAGACUUAUCAAAUAUUCUUUCUCCUAUAGAAAAACGAGUAAAAAUACAAACACCAGUAGAUACAAAAAAUACUAAUACUACAGUACAAAAUGGAGAGGAAUGGACAGAAAUUAGUUUAAAUAAUUCUCCAGACGAGAUAUAUUACAAUAAUGAAGUAUAUUCCGAUGAUGAAGAUCAAAUUCCUUACAAACCAUUACCAAUGGACUUAAGUCCGGAAAGUAAUAAUCCACCUAAUGGUGCAAAUAUUGAAUCAUUCAAUGAAUUAUCUAGUCGAAAAAAAUUAAUAACUCAAAAAUCAUUACCUACCAUGCCAAAAGGAAACGAAAUUAGUUUAAGCAAUGAAAAGAAAAUAGAAGUAACAAGAAGUCCAUCAAUAAAAAAUAAAAGUAAACUUGAUACUAGUUUAACUAAUUGGAUAACCAGAAGUUCUGCUGGUAGUGAGGCUAGUGGAGGCAGUUCAGCUAAUUCGAGUAGAAGACAAUCUCUUGAUAUGUUAUGGAGUGCCGGCACGGGAGAAAAAGUAAAAGAAUUUCUCAAUCAUGGAAUGAUGAUAUUGAACAUAUCUAGCCUUACAGAUCGACGUUCUAAUGAACCAAAGAUAGUAGAUAGAGAUAAGGAAAAAUGUGAAAAAUCCGAAAAAGUAGAAGGAAAAGGAAAAAAAGUUCCUAGUCCAUUGGAAAAAACAAUGACCUAUCUUAAUGCUGAUGAAGAAACAUCCGAUAGUGAAAGUUUAGCAAGUGUGGAAAUGUUAACGGAGGAUCAGAUUUCUUCACUUAUGAUGGAACCUGAUAUGAAUCAAGUAUGUCAAGAAAUUUUAGGAACACCUUUAGUUGAAGUGUGUCCAUUAUUGCAACAAUUACAACAACAACAAUAGCAUUACUUUUCUUGACAUUACUGAUUUAAUCCAAUUGAAACAAAAAAAAUAAUAGAAAAUGUUCAGAAACUAUAAUAAAAAAAACGAAUUAAGGGAUAGCUUUAUUUAUUAUUAAAAUUAGUGCAAUUAGUUUCUGCACUUUUAUUAUAUGUAUAUGAUAGAAACAGAAGAUUUAAUUUUCGAGCAUGGAUCUUUUUUUUCUAUUUUAAAAAAUCAUCGUGAUUUGAAUCGCUUCAUUAAAUUGUUAUAUAUAACAACUGCAUGUCAUUUGAAUAAUACAUAAUUUGUAAAUAUAAUAAACAUUCAUAAAGCAUAUAUUAAUAUUUAAUUUUUAUUGAUUAUCAUAUUGAAUUUAUUUACAUAUAAUAUUUAGUAUGUCUUAUCAAAAUUGAAUCAUUAAAAAGAUGACAUUUAGAGAAUUUUUAAUAAUUGUUAUACAUAAAAAUUAUUUUUUUGUUCAUUUCGCUCAUAUAAAUAUGUUGAUGUACCUGUAAAGUAAUAAUAAGAGAAAAAAAGAGAAAUGAAGAAAGUAAAAUUUCUCAUGAAGUUUUUAGAUCAAAGAUCCAUCGAUUAGAAAAUCUUUUGUCUCUCUACGUUAAGAGUACAACUGUAUAAGCAAUUCAUUUUUUAUAUUGCUAAAUAUGCAAGAGCAAAUGUCAGUUGAAAAUUAAGAUAUAAUAAUUAUAAUCUCCUUCAAAGUGCUAAGUAGAAUUUAUUAGGUAAGAGAAUAUGAUUCUAAAUAGAAAAUUGACGGCUUUGAUAAGCAUGAUAUUCCAGAUACUUAAGCUUUAAUAUAAUUGUAAUAAUGUUCAUCUACCAAAGCUCAGCAGAACAUUUUUAAAGAAUUUUUCUUUAAUUCUGAUAAUGAAGUAUAUAAUAUUUAUUACUAUGUACCUUAUAGUUAACAAAAUAUGUAAAUCAUAAUUAAUAUAUUUGAAUAAUUGGAUCAUGCAUUUAGACAAUCUAACUAUGAAUCAGUUUUAAUGUCUGUUAUUUAAUUAUUAAUUAGUAAAUAUCUAAAUAUAAUUUGUAAAUUUAUUUUAUGAAAAUUAAGAUUAAUUUCAAAUUUCUCCUAUUAUAUAUACAAUUAGAUAUGCAAUUAGAAAUUUAAUAUUUAGAAAAGUUGGAUUGUUUAAUUGCAUUAAAAAGUAGUCUAUAAAAAAUGCAUGCAGUAUGCCAUUUAAAAAAGAGUAAUAUAUACAAAUAUGUAUAUGUAUAUGUAUAUACAUAUAUAUACAUAUACAUAUACAUAUGCAAAUAUUAUUUAUUUUUAUUGCAUAAUUUUCUGUAAACAGUAUUUGUUAAUACUAUAUUAAAUAAGAUUAACACAUUUUUCUAUGAACAAAUAAAAUACGUCAAAUAGAUGACCUUAUUACAUGAAGAAAACUAUACCAAAGAUAAAUAAAAUACAAUUUAAGAUAAACAAAUAAGUGCAAUACAAAUUUUUGAUAAUGAUUUAAUCAGAUCAUUUUUUUUUUAAUCUUACAAAAUUUAAAAAUAAGAAUAUGAUAAAUUCAUAUUAAUUGAAAGUUUCUAUUCUACUACUAUUUAUCAUGACAUUAUAUAAUUUGUGUGUAUAUAUAUAUAGAUUGUAAAAAAAAUGUAUAUCUUUUAAUGACAAAUAUUUUUCAAAAAUAAUUAUUUUUGAAUAUUUCUUUCGAAAAAUUUGAUAAAAUUUUUUAAUUCAUUUAGUUCUUUACAAAAGAAUAAACUGAAAGAUAUAUUAAUUCUUAUUUGUUCUAUUGUAAUAUAGUUAUAUAAUUAUAUAAUUUUAUAUAAAUUGAAUUAUUAAAUCAUGCAAAAUUCUUUAAUAAAUACGCGCGCGUGUUAUAAAUAAACUAUUAUAUAUUUGAAAUUUGAAACCAUUGCCGUCGAAACUUAUAUAAUUAUAUUGUUAUCUUGCAAGUUAAAAAUGAUCAUGCUCCUAAAUAUUUUAUUAGAUAUUUUUUUGCCUAAAAAUUAACGAUAAUAAUGUUGCAUAUAAUGCAAGCGCGUAACUAUUAAUAGUGAUUGUAAAUAUAUAACAUUGUAUAUGUGAUUGUAACUAUGUAUAUAUAUAUAUUAUCAUCUUCAUUAAAAUACGGUUGCAAAAAUACAUAGAUAAUGACAGAUUA